AUGCGCAUGCAGAAUCAAAUGCCGAAUCAAAUGCAAAACCAAAUGCAAGUGCGAAACCCGGCUGAAGGUACCAUUUCCCUAAACACGUUUCUUUUUUUAAAAUUUCCUUUUUCAGCUCGUCAACACCGUGCACCGAACCAGUUGGCCCAUCCACCACUACCUUUUCCGGGUGAGUACAGAGCAGAAGGACAACAAGACUUUAAACGUUUUUUUUUCAGGAGCACCCGGAUACGGACAGUUCGGAGCCCCGAUGCCGGCUCCGGGACAAGGUUACUACGUCUGUCAUGGAGGUAAAAACAUGCGUUCGCGUCUGCUCUUCAAAUGCUCUUUUUUCCAGACGCCCGCCAUGAGCAAAUGAUGAACGGGUUCGCGCAGGCGGCACCGAUGUACGGACAUCAGCAAGGCCGCCUCCAGACUCUCGCGGCCUUCCAGCCACGUCCCCAGCACCCUGGCUACCCUCCGCAAGGAUUCAAUGGCGGCGGACCGCUCGCCGCACCUCUUCCGGGACACGAAAUGAUCACGAUGAGAGUGGAGGAUUCGCACGCGUAUCACGAUUUGAGUGGGGACACACGAACAUAGUCGACUUUGAAUGAUUCUCGAGUUUCAGAGCAAAAGUUAGAGAUGAUGACGAAGGAGAGGGAUGUUUUCAUGCGGAAGGCUGCCGAGCUGGAAGCCCGUUUUACGGCGGCUUCUCCAGCAUCUCCGUUGGACGGUUAGCGUUCUUUUAAUCUUGAUCCGUUCAUCUUUACUCUUUGCAGAAACUCUUUCGUCGCAUCAGUCCGUGAGCCCGACUCCCACUCCGGUCACAGUGAAAUUUGCUAAGAAAAACAAAGAGAAGCGUCGAAUCCCACUGAUCAAGAUCGAAGAUCCAGAUCUCCAGAGUCCGGAAGAGCGGAUCUUUGUGGCUCCAAUACAUCCGGUCCGACUCGGGAACAUGAAGAUCGAAGAGCCAGACGAGGAGUCGAAUCGUCAGGGUCCGGAAGUGCAGAUGCUCCUGGCUCGAGUGGGUGAGCUGCAGGAUCCAGAGGAGUCGAGACGUCAGAGUCUGGACCAGCAGAUGCUCCUGGUUCCAGUGGGUGAGCUGGAGGAUCCAGAGGAGUCGAGACGUCAGAGUCUGGACCAGCAGAUGCUCCUGGUUCCAGUGGGUGAGCUGGAGGAUCCAGAGGAGUCGAGACGUCAGGGUCUGGACCAGCAGAUGCUCCUGGUUCCAGUGGGUGAGCUGCAGGAUCCAGAGGAGGAUUUGAGAAUCACUGAGGAGUCGAGACGUCAGGGUCUGGACCAGCAGAUGCUCCUGGCUCCAGUGGGUGAGCAAGAGGAGGAGAUGAGCGCCUCUGAGUCGAUUCUCAGUGACGAUUCUGAAGAGCGAGAGGAUUUGGCGACUCCGGAGUCGAUUUCCAUUCAAGAUCAGGAAGAGCAGAUGCUCCUGGCUCCAGUGGAUGAGCCAGAGAAGGCCGAAGAGACGUUGGUGAUCCCGGAGGUGUCGAAUCUCAAGGAUCCGGAAGCCCAGAUCUUAUUGGCUCCCGUGAAUCAGCCAGAAGCGCCCAUUGAGCAGUUGGUGAGCCCGCAAGUGCCGAAUCUCAAGGAAAUGCAGAUUCACCUGGCUCCAAUGUAUGGUCUAGAUCUUCAAGAAUUUGGGAUCACCGAGGAGGCGGCUCUCAGUCAAUUCUCGGAAGAAGAGCUCUUGAAUGAGCAGGAAAAGGCAGAAGAGGAGAUGAGGACCACGGAGGCGGUGUUCAGUCAUGACGACUCGGUAGAGCAGAUUCUCUUCUUUCUGCUGGAAGAGCUGGACGAUCCGGAGAAGAAUUUGGGCAUCGCGGAGCAGUCGAAUCGUCAGGAUCUGAAAGAACACGUGCUCCUGACUCCGGCGAAUGAGCGGAAAGAGCCAGAGAAGGAGACGGCGACCCCGGAGUCGAUUGUCAGUCAAUUCCUGGAAGGCCAGCUUUGGAAUGAGCCUGAAAAGACGAUGAAGACCACAGAGGCUGUUCUCUUUGAAGAUCCUGAGGAGCAGAACUUUCUGGCUCCAAUUGAAGACCGAGAAGCAGCAGUUGAGAAGGAAUAUCCCAAAGGACCGGAAAUGCAGAUUCUCCUGGCUCCGAUGUAUGGUCUAGAAGCUCCAGCUCUUCUCGGUGAAGGCCCUGAAAAGCAGGCUUCAGUGGAUAAUUGUAUCGCGGAGGCGAGUCCCAUUAAAUGCUCGGAAGUUCCGAUGCGAGAAGAGCCAGAAGUGAAGACGGGGUUGUCGGAGUCGAUUCCGGUGCUCCUGGCUCCAGUUGCUGAGCCAAAAGCGCCAGAAAAGAAGAUAGACGGUAAGGGAAAUGAAGUUUUCUUAAACUUACAGUCAAACAUUUGCAGAUCUUCCUCAAUCACCCGUGCCCUCCAUCAUUGCUCCUUCUGUGACUCCGAGCAAGAUAUCUCGCCGUCUGGGACGCGGAAGAGGGACCGACGAGGAGAAAAAGAAGUGGGACGAGGCGGUCCAGUACUACAUGCGAACGGACGGAUACCGUCACGCCAUGAUCCGUAAGCUCGAGUCGAUGGUCCCCUUGAGUUCGCCCAUUCAUUUCAGGUAAAGGCGGCGAAAUUCGCUUCAAGUGCCUCUUCGACCCGUUUGUCAGAAAGCCUCAGAUUCCUCAAACUGUUAAAGGUAUUCCGAGCAAGAUAGUGCUGAUCGACUUGAGUCGGCCCAGAACUGACGCGUCAGACCGUACAAGUAAGUACAUGGGAAGAAAGCAAGCCAAGUUUUGAAUUGUCCAGGAAAGUACAUGGAGGAUACGACGGACGCGGAGCACGAGGAUGCCGAGGUGCUACAGGAAUAUCUCGAAGAGGAGCAGAAGGUGCAGAUAGACGCCGGAUACAUCAAGUUGGUGGAGAAGAAUACGCGUGCCGACAGAGAUGCGGCACCGGAGCCGAAGAAGAGCUCUGAUGAAGAGAAGAAGAAGAAGAAGAAGAAGUGUGGAAGAAAGGCCGGACCGAAGAAGGCGGCGGCGCCGGAUGAUUCGGAGGAAUCCGAUGAAGAAGAGGAGAAGGAUGAGCCGGCGAAGAAAACGCGAAAACGCGUGGCUCAGAGCAGCCAAGGACCGCAACCGAAGCGUAAGGUUAGUUGAGAACAUGUUUUACUACAUAGAACUUCAACUAGUUUCUGUUCCUACCGUCACGUCCUUUUUCAGUUCUCCAAGGAGCCAUGGGAGCUUUAA